AUGAUUGAAUAUCUUCUUAAUGAUAUGACAUCUGGAAAGGCCAUUUUAUGGGUUUGUGGAGGCUUUACAUUUUUAUGUUUAUUGCGCAAGCUCCAUGUUUCUUUCCAGGUGUCUCGCCUUGGAGUACGGGCUCCCAAGAUCGCUUUCUGGGUUCCUUAUGCUUUUGAUUUCAUAUAUAAAAGCCAACAGGCCGCUUUUGCAAACAGAGACCACGAGUUCUGGCGCAACAAGAUUAUGACUGCUAGCGGUUUAGCCAACUGCAAGACUGCGGAGUUAGACGCCGGUAUCUCCAAUCGCGUUAUCAUUACUAUAGACCCGGAGAACAUCAAGGCCUUGUUGACUGGGCAGUUUGCUGACUAUGGAAAAGGCGAGGACUUUCAUCGCCAGUGGAAAGAGUUUCUGGGAGACAGCAUCUUCGCUACCGAUGGCAAACAGUGGUUACAUUCUCGACAACUUCUUCGCCCGAUGUUUGUGCGUAACCGGAUUUUAAACACCGAAAUCUUUGAGAAACAUGUCCAGAAACUCAUUCCACUCCUUGGUGAUAGUAACUCCCCAGCUGGUAAGCAGGUAGUUGAUAUUGGACCUCUACUUUUCCGCUUCACUCUUGAUGCAGCAACAGACUAUCUGCUAGGCCAAGGUACAGACAGUCUAGAGAACCCAGAGACCCGUUUUGCAGAAGCUUUCAACUAUGUACAAAAGCGACAGUCCCAGUUAUUCCGCUUCGGUAUUUUCAAUGUCCUCAUGUCACGCAAGGAAUUUCGUCGUAAUCUCAAGAUCAUGGACAACUUCAUGCAACCAUAUAUCGAAACGGUCCUGUCUUUGUCAACAGCCGAGCUAAACCAGAAGCUUUCGAAGCCCGAGAACUUCCUUGAAUCCUUGGCUGGCUUCACGCGUGACCCAGUUGUCUUACGCGAUCAACUCAUUGCUAUUCUCCUUGCAGGUCGUGACACUACCGCCUCCACUUUGGCCUUCUGCUUCUUUGAGCUCGCUCGUAAUCCUGAAAUUGUCAUCAAGUUACGCGAUGAGAUCCAUAAUCUCCUUGGACUUGGUUCUGAUGGAAAAAAACCAACAUACCAAGAUAUAAAAGAAAUGAAAUACCUCGCCGCCGUAAUCAACGAGACCCUUCGCCUUUAUCCAGUUGUCCCCUUCAACGUUCGAUAUUCGUUCCAUGACACAACUCUGCCUCGGGGCGGUGGCCCUGACGGACUUGAGCCAGUUGGCGUUCGUGCAAAUACUCGUGUUAUUUAUUCAACGAUGCUGAUGCAGCGCGAUCCCGAUCUCUACAAUGGCACUGACUCAAAAAAAUACUUCGAUCCAGGCAAGUGGAUUCCAGAACGUUGGUUUAGCUGGCAGCCACUUCCGUGGCAUUAUAUUCCAUUCAAUGGGGGUCCUCGCAUCUGUAUUGGUCAGCAAUUUGCCAUUAUUGAAAUUGGAUAUGUUAUUAUUCGUAUUUUGCAAGCUUAUGAGCGGGUUUUUGCGCUACCUGUCAGUGGCAAGGAUUGUGUUGAUGACCCUGAGAUGCAGUUUGAUGUCACGUUAAGCCCUGGCUCAGAGUUCAAUUGUGUGUUUGUGAAGCAGGGAGAGGAAUAUCCUCGUUUUCGGUAG